AUGUCCCGCCGGAACGCCCCGCUACAUCCCUUAUUCUUACUGGCCCUUGGGGUUACGCCCGCCCAAUUUGAACACGACGUUCUCGCAGAUCCCGGCAAUGACAAACUUUGGAGAGAAGUGCUCAUCUCCCGAAAUGCCAUCUUGCGCAACGUCUCAGGCUCGCUAUGCAUCGCAACCUGGUGUUUACUGGAAAUGAAACCAGUCUCUUCCAUGGCCGAUUGGCUGCAGCCAGUACCUUACGGGGCCUUCUUGUACUCUUCCACAACCGCAUUCUUUGGUUUUAUAUCCGCAUCAUGGUUUGUACUCUGCAUCUUGCUGAUAGUCACAGCCGCUUCAGUACAGGAACAAUCCCACCAUCCACGCAAAAUGUUGUGUUUUCUACUCAGCAUUGAUUACCCGAUGUCUGUACGGUAG